GGCUUGAACCGCGGUCCCGCGCCGCAGAGGUUGAUGAGGCGGACGGCAACGGCUACGGCCGCAGAGCGGGAGGCAGCGCGGGAAGGCAGCGUAGUCGAACUGGCCUAGCCUGGGGCCCUGGCCGUGGUCUUCUGGCUGAGCCGCCGCUCCUGCGCACUGUGCGGGGCCGCAGCCGUUGGGCGGUGGGAGCUGGAGAGGCUGGGCGAGAUCCGGGGCCCCUGGUGGGUGCGGGAGUGGUCUCUGUGGCCGGGAUAGCCUCUGGCCAUGAUCGACUCCGUGAAACUGCGCCGGGACAGCGCAGCGGACUUCUUCUCGCACUAUGAGUACCUGUGCGCGUUGCAGGACUCGGUACCUUUGCCCGCCGUGCGCACCUGCCUCCGGGAGGGCGUGCUGGACUUCAGUGCCGACCGCCUGCGGGUGGUGGACUGGGCACCCCUCCUGAGCACCCUCAAGAUUAAUAAAGAUCUGCCCGUGAUCUCCAUCAAGAGCUUCUUCCAGCCGUGGCUUGGUGAAACAGGUUCUGACAUAAACAAAGUUUGCAGAAGUCGCGUUCCUGCUAUAAGAUCCAAAGAUGUGACCUUCCAGUUGUGUAAAGCUCUUAAAGGCUGUCUAAGUGUAUCAAGUGUGCUAAGGAACCUGGAGUUAAAUGGACUAGUUCUGAGAGAGAGGGAUUUAAUUAUUUUAACAAAGGGAUUGAAUAAAUCGACUUCUUUGGUGCACCUGUCUCUUGCAAACUGUCCAAUUGGAGAUGGAGGUUUAGAAAUUAUUUGUCAAGCUGUGAAGACCUCUAUCACUCUUAAGACAGUCAACUUCACUGGGUGUAGUCUGACAUGGCAGGGAGCAGAUCACAUGGCCAAGAUCUUAAAGUAUCAAACCAUGAGACGGCAUGAAGAAACCUGGGCUGAGAGUCUUCGCUAUAGGAGACCAGAUCUUGACUGCAUGGCUGGCUUAAGGCGAAUCACAUUGAAUUGCAACUCCCUCAUUGGUGACCUGGGGGCACGUGCUUUUGCAGACUCUCUUAGUGAGGAUUUAUGGCUUAGAGCUCUUGACCUGCAGCAGUGUGGCCUCACCAAUGAAGGAGCCAAAGCUUUACUAGAGGCCCUUGAAACCAAUAGAACGCUGGUCAUUCUGGAUAUAAGAAAAAAUUCACUCAUUGAUCAUUCUAUGAUGAAAGCAGUUAUCAAAAAAGUUCUUCAGAAUGGAAGGAGUGCUAAGUCAGAGUACCAGUGGAUAACUUCUCCAUCAGUAAGGGAACCAUCUAAAACUGCUAAACAGAAAAAGAGAACAAUAAUUCUGGGAAAUAGUCGAAAAGGAAAAGCUACUAUUAGAAUUGGAUUGGCGACAAAGAAACCUGUAAACAGUGGAAGAAAACACACCCUUUGUAAAGAAUGUGCUUCUGAACCUCCACCACCUGGUGUAUCUGGUUUCUUGCCAUGGCGUACUGCAGAACGUGCAAAAAGGAGCAGGGGUUUUCCAUCAAUCAAAACCCGUGAUAUAUCUGAUCAGCUGCAGCAAUCAGAUUUUCCUGUGACUGUGACAGUAGAGAGUCCUUCAUCCUCAGAAAUUGAAGAGGUUGAUGAUUCUUCAGAAAGUGUUCAUGAAAUGCCUGAGAAAACUUGUUUAAAACAAGAAGCAUUACAGGGAAAACUGGAGGAGUGCCUAAAGCAGUUAAAAGAGGAAAGAGUAAUAAGGCUUAAAGCUGAUAAACGAGUCAGUGAGCUGGAACAUGAAAAUGCCCAGUUAAGAAAUAUAAAUCUCACUUUGUCUGAAGCCCUUCAUUCACAGUCCGUGGCAAGCAUGAUCCUGGAUGAUGAAGGUGUUUUGGGCAGUAUUGAGAAUUCUUUUCAGAAAUUUCACGCUUUCUUGGAUCUCCUUAAAGAUGCUGGGCUUGGGCAACUUGCCACAAUGGCUGGUAUAGAUCAGUCAGAUUUUCAUUUACUAGAUCGUCCUCAGAUGAAUUCUACUAUUAGUAGUGCACCUAAAGAAGAAAAGAAGGCACUUGAAGAAGAAAAAACAGAUCCAAAGCAAAAUGCCCUAGGACAAAUGCAGAAUAUCCAAUUUCAGAAAAUCACAGGUGAUGCUAGAAUUCCUUUGCCUCUUGACUCCUACCAUGUCCCAGUUUCUACUCAGGAGGCCUCAGGAACUUCCAAAGACAACCUGGGAGACCCAGCUUCUGAGCAGGGGCAGGAAUCUUUUGAAGGAUUCAUGGCGAGAACAUGUUCUCCUUUAGCAGAUAUGAUUUCUGGAACUGGAAAUCAAAGAGAAGAAGAGGAAUUAUCUAGAAAUAGCAGUUCACCCUCAGAGAAAAUGACCCAAGCAGGUGAAUGUACCAAAAAACACUUUGCCAAGAAACAGCCUGGGAAGGACCUGCAUUCCUAUUCUGACUCCUUUAUAAACCAGAAAAGCAAAGGAAUUGGGGAAAAUAGGUCUUUGGUUCAUGAGUCAAUUAAAAGUGAGUCUUCAAAAAACUACAUUUCUGUCAAGAAAGAAAGUAGAAUAGUGACUGUUUCAUCCAAGACAAAUAAAAGUAAAUCCAAUCCACUGGAACAUUCUGAAAGUGAUACUCUUGGAUCUGAUUUUGAAGUUCAAGAGAGCAUCCAUUCUCUAUCACGCUUGACCUAGGUCUAAACCUUCUGAAAUUAUGUUUUUACCUUCAAAUUUUAAUAAAUUUUCUUAUGUUUUUAUUAUGGCA